CCACUCUCAAUCGAUCUACUACGCUCAACAACACAUCAUCCGAGUCCGGCCGCUCCUACCAACGCUCUGUCGUCGUUGUGAUUUGUGAUUACGUCGUGCUUCCAGUGGUUGCGCCCAGGCCCAGCAUCAGUCUCGGUGACUCGGUGCCGCUGUUUACAAACCUCAAGUGCGAUAAGAUAGAAACAUUUCUCGAAGCUCUCGACCAUUCGACAGCUCCAGGAACGGCGUGAUUAACUGAGCCGCCAGUGCGCCAGUCUUGUGCUGUGGCUUAUCUUGUUCUUAUCACCCGAGAAAAAGGCCCCGUCUGUCGUGAAGCAGAACUUGUCCAAAACUUCACCAGAUCGAGAAUGAGAAACCGACUGAUUGAUCAGGUCCGUGAGGAUGGGUUCGCGGUGAUCGAUGAUUUUCUGACACCGGAAGAAGUGAGCGAGCUGCUGCAGGUGGGCCAGAACCUGCACAAGGAUGCACCGAAGGAGGAGCGCAAAGUGUUCAGCGCGAAUGCCGCUGGCAAGUCAGCGCAGAGCAAGGAGCAGUACUUUCUGGAGAGUGCCGAUAAGGUGCGUUACUUCUUCGAGGAGGGUGCAAUCGGUGAGAACGGUGAACUGCUCGUCGAUCCGGCCAUUUCACUGAACAAGGUAGGCCAUGCACUGCACAGUGAGCAUCCGGCCUUCCAGGAGGUCACUUUCUCGAACCGGGUGAAGGAAGUGUGCUGGCAGCUUGGCUUCCGGCGGCCUGCGGUCGCCCAGAGUAUGUAUAUCUUCAAGAAUCCUGGUAUUGGCGGUGAGGUGAAGCCACAUCAGGACGCUACCUACCUGUACACCGAACCGAGCACAACGGUUGGUUUCUGGAUACCGCUCGAGGACGCAACGCUACAAAACGGAUGCUUGCAUUUUAUCAAGGGUUCACACAAGAGUGGCGUACAUCGACGAUGGAUCCGCAACACUGAUACGUCCUCCGACGAGCUGCUGAUCUACGAUCGACCGGCCCCACUGUACCCGCAGUCUAACUUUGUGGCGGUUCCGGUAAAGGCCGGUUCGUGCGUACUCAUCCACAGCCAGGUCGUGCACCGGAGCGAUGCGAACAAGUCUGACCGCAGCCGGCACGCGUACACCUUCCACGUGAUCGAAACCGAAGACUGUGACUAUUCCAAGGAGAACUGGCUCCAGCCGACCGAGGAUCAUCCGUUUCCGGUACUGUACGAGCGGGAUUAAAUCCCCCCCGGGGGGGAGGUGGCCCCCCAUGCGUGUGAUAAGCUUUAGUGUGCCGCACUUCUUCACUCUCUCUUUCCUGUCCCCUUUGUCUAUUUACCUCGAUUUAAGAGAUUAUGCUGUAAAACGUGCAACAAGCCGGGCAUCUCGCUCCUCUCGCACGGUCUUCGAUCGAUAAAGGGAUGACUAGUAGCCGCGCGGACGGCUCUAUUUCCUCCCUUUAGUUCCAUUAUGCUACCCAUGAAUUAAAGAUAUGCUCCCGCCCGUGCCAUAGAUGUGUUUAUACGUACACAUACACAUAUAUAUAUAUAUACCGUGCGUCUGAUGCACCUUCCCCCAAAGUACGCCACAGGUGCAAUCGAAUGCGAUCGACCAUUUACCGAGUGUGCUAAGGUGCAACAUACAUGAUUGUAUAAAAAAAAAUCAAAGCAAAUGAAACAAUAAAAAAGGACUGAACGAAA